AUGUGACCAAAUAGUCCGUUCUCACUGGUCAACAUUCAGCCUGUUUAUUUCCGUAAGUAAUACUUGCCAGCAUCAGACUUUCCGUCGGGGUGUCAAAUCACAACAAGCAAACGUCACAGCGACUGCGAUUGUAGGCGUGCCCUCACCGGCGAGAUGGCGCAUUGGUUUCACCGAAACCCUCUGAAGGCGACUGCGCCUGUGUCCUUUAACUUUUACGGUGUGGCAGGGAGCCCCGCUGCCAAUAAAAUUUGCAAUGACCUAAGGACAACCAGGGCGAGGCUGCUGGAAAUGUUCACCGACGUCACCUGCAACCCGGAGAUCAUGAAAAACGCCACAGACGCGUACUUCUCCCUCCUUCAAUGCUUUAUUGUAUCCUUGGAUGGAACUACGCAGGACAACAAGAUGAGGUACAUCCAGAACUUCAAAUGGACUGAUACUCUACAAGGGAACACACCGAGCGCCCAGCAAGAUGCUGUGUUCGAGCUGGUCUCCAUGGCCUUUAACGUUGCCAUCUGGUACACCAAGUUUGCCUCAAGACUUGCUGGAAAAGAAAAUGUAUCAGAGGAUGAAGCGAAAGAUGUUCACCGGAGCCUGAAGGUUGCUGCUGGAAUAUUCAAAUGUCUAAAGGAGGCCCAUAUCCCUCGUCUCAUCACCCCUGCAGAAAAAGGCAGAGACCUGGAGCCGAGAGUGAUUGAUGCGUACAUCAUCCAGUCUCAGGCAGAAGCUCAAGAAGUGACAAUCGCCAGAGCCAUCGAACUGAAGCACAACGCCUCAAUUGUUGCAGCGUUGGCAUUCGAGACUGCAAACUUCUACCAGAGAGCUGACCACACCUUGAACACUUUGGAGCCCGAAUGCAGCAGCAAGUGGAGGAAGUAUCUCCAGCUCAAGUAUUACUUUUACUUGGCUUAUGCGUACUGCUAUCAUGGACAGACGCUGCUGGGGAGUGAUAAGUGCGGUGAGGCGAUACGAUCUCUCCAGGAAGCAGAAAAGUGUUAUUCCCGCGCCGAGGAGCUGUGUAAAGAAUAUCGUCACACCAAAGGUCCAGGCACCACCGCUAAACCAUCAGAGCAGCUCUUCUUCCGCAAACUGGGCGGUCUGAUUAAAAACACACUGGAGAAGUGCCAGCGGGAAAACGGCUUCAUAUACUUCCACAAGGUCCCAGCAGAUCCCCCCCAGCUUGAGUUGAAGGCCAACUAUGGCCUGGCCGAGCCAGUCCCCUUUGAGUUGCCAUCCCACAGUGAGCAGUGUACUCCUGAAGUGUAUGCCACCUUUGACCUGACCAAGGGAGCCAAAAAUGACAAGGCUAAACCUAAAGAGGAGGAAGUGAAACCAAUGAAGGAGCCCGAUUUAAAACCCCAGAAGGACACCGGCUGCACCGUUUCCUAAAUAUGCGUCAUUCAUUCCUGUCCUGCUACAGUAGCACCCAUCAUAAGUAUCCACAUAUACACAGGAAUACUAGCUUCCUUUUGUAACAGUAAUCUAUGGUGUUUUACAUUUAUGCUGGAAUGUUUGGUGUUUUUGCAUAUGACAUCAGAGCUCCUGCAGACAUACGUGACAUUUGAUGGAGACGAUCCUAGAUGUCAUCACUUUGUUCUUACACGUCAUGCUAGCUUUGGAGACGCUUCAUGUGGUGCAUCGCAGAAUAGUUGUCAUCUUACGCGGAAGGACUGAUGUUAAAAUAUAUUAUUGGGGAACCCGAUGCAACUUCAUUCCAAAAAUCAGUGACUGUAAAUGCAGGGGUGUCCAAAGUGCUGCCCGGACGCCAUUUUUGGCUUUUAUUGGCCCUCGGCAAAAUUAAACUGCCUUAAAAUAUUACACAGAAAACAAAAAAAAAAUCUGGAAUUGGACCAAAUCCGCCACAAAAAUGCCACCUCCAAACCAAAAUGGCUGACUUCCUGCGCGUGUUGCGGUCUUUGAUGAUUUUUGAUAAUAAUACUAAUAAUAAAAGUAGUAAAGAACAAUAAUAAAAGGAAACUAACCCUUUCUUGAGGGUCACUUUGCUCCACAAAGUUUGUUCUUUAGAUUUAUUGAACACGUAGCAUAACUUGACCCACGUAGAAUUUGAUAUUUAAAUGUUUCAUUAAUAAAUAUGUGAUGAUUAUAUAACACCUGAUUUUUAUUGUUUUGCUAUAUGUGAGUGGGAAAAGUUUGGACAUCCCUGGUUUACAUUAAAAAACAACACGGCGCAAAUAUGAGACUGAUGGACAAAUCUGCUUCAUUUUAGGUGUAGUUGUUUACAAUCAUGUUGAAUUACUAGUAUGGCUACUACGUACACCUCCAUUACUUGUUCUUUUUACUAAUCAUGAAAGUAAAAACACAGUAUCAUGUUAGGUAACUGCUUAGUUUGGGGGAUUUUGCCCGUCAGAAUCCUUGUUGUUUCAUUUUAUAUGCACUUUUAAUAACUAUACAAUUCAGAUGAUAUUUUUUCUUGUUUUGAUACACAACAAUUGCCUUUGCUUCAUAAAUCAAUCAUGUUUAGUCUUUAAUCAACCAGUGUUGUUAGUUAACACUAGUAGCGCUGUAAGGUUCUCCUCUGAUACGGGCACAGAGUCAUUUUCAACUACGAAAUGUGCUGCUGCAGAGCUACUUUACAAUUACAGUAGAUCCCUGCUACCCGAAACCAGGAAAACAGCCCUAAAACAGCCUGUUUUUCAUAUUUUAAACGCAUUUUGAAUUCACUGUUACACAUUAAGAAACAAAUGUACAGAGCAUCUUCCUGCUGGAAAAUGUUGAGCGAAGCGAGUUAGAGCGGGGGAUCUACUGUACGUCAUCAACCACUCCCAGUUGGAUGUAAACGAAUGUGAAGUAAAGCACAACCAGUUGAACGCUGUACACACUGUAAUAUACCGCUUGUGCUGUUGGCUGCUCGCAUCAUUUCUGUCCGUGGUAGCAGAGUAAAACGGAAAUGCUGGCAGAAUUCUACGUAACAUGGAUGUGCAAAUGCGUCAAAAACAAAUCUUGGGAACAGACGAAGCGUUAUUCUCUAGUCUCAUCACGCCGCUGGUUCAUCAGUAGGUUGGAGUCACUAUCAUAUGUUCAAGUCAUUGUAAAGCAGGGGUGUCCAAAGUGUGGACACGCGUGCUGUUGGGUACCCCUGCUGUAACGUAUCUUCUAAUUGAUGUAACCUGUAUGUCAGUCGAUAUUAAAUCACACUUAUAAGCA